UCGUCAACGAUUUUUUGAAUCUCAAUAUAUUGAUCCAACGAAAGAUGCGUCAUUGUUCUUGAAAAACAUCUCUCGAGUCAAUGCUGUUAUAAUAGUUCUUGUAAGAAAUAAAGAGAUACAUGAAUUACGUGAGACAAUGAGACAUUUUGAGGAUCGAUGGAAUAAAAAAUAUAAUUAUCCUUAU